CAAAAAGAGAUACCUGUCUACCACACCAUGAGCUUAUAAGAAGUAGGUUGAAUCGUGUUUGAUCUUCCAUUACAGAAACAACAAAACAAAAUGGUGAGACAGCAACUCUAUCUACUGGUCCUGCUAUGUUGUGAAGGAGUUUAUUCUAAGUGGGAUGUACAGUAUCCCGAGAGCAGAAAGAGUAUUCCUGGCUCCUGCUUUUUCAUUCCCUGUACAUUUUCUUACCCCAGUAAUACAAACACAGUUAAAGGGAUUGUGCCAAUCUGGUUCAAAAAUUACGAUACUGACAAAAAAAACGUUUACCACCCGACUGAUACAAUCGAUACUGCAUAUAUGGGUCGUGUUGAGUUCCUAGGGGAUACCUCACAGAAAAAUUGCACUACACUCAUCAAGAAUUUACAGAAUGAGGAUGCAGGACUGUUCAACUUCAGGUUUGAGAUCAAGGAAGUCAAUAGUUGGGUGGACAAAAGAGGAGUGCGCCUUGAAAUGACAGAUAAACCUCUCGAACCAGAGGUUGUGACACCAUCAACAAUAUUGGAAGGAAAAUCAGUGAAUUUUCUGUGUACCACUCCAUACUACUGCCCAGAUGGCUCAGUCACUCUGGAGUGGCAGGACUUUGCUACAGAUAGAUCAUUCCUGUCACGAUCCAUACAGCUGGACACAUCCAAAGUACUUAUGAGAGAGACCCUCACAACCACCUUUACUUGGCAGGAAGACAAGAAGACAAUCCGUUGUGCCUUGGCAAUUGGAAACCAGAAGACUGUGAAUGAAGUUGUCCUUAAUGUCCAGUACUCUCCGAAGGAAGUGAAUGUUCUAAUCACAUCUCCGAGCAGUAACAUUAAACAGGGCGACACAGUGACACUGACAUGCCAGGUUAAAAGCAGCAAUCCAGCUGUCAGCAGCUACACCUGGUAUAAGAAUGGAGACAUGUUCUCUACAGAGCAGUACAUUUACUUUCACAGUAUUUCCAGAACUGAUUUUGGAGAAUUCCGCUGUGAGGUGCAGAAUUCUAUUGGAAAGGUGUCAUCCGAAACAGUCCAACUUACUGUAUUCUCUGCAAAAACCAUGGUAACUCCGUCAUCGGAGGUCAGAGAAGGGGAGACAGUGACUUUAGCAUGUGACACUCCUAGUGUCAGACCUGAGGAGAUCCACUACAGUUGGUUUAAGAACAAUGUUCAGAUGAAAGAAGAAAUGGCGAGAUCUCUGGCGUUCCAUGACAUCACUACUGCUGAUGCUGGCUAUUACUUCUGCAAAAUAGAGAAUGAUAAUGGCAGUGACUCCUCUCCUCCCAUUACAUUGAACAUCUUGUAUGCUCCAAGAGUGCCAACACUCACCUCGUUUCUGGAGACUCAGGAAGGGAAACUGGCCAUUAUACACUGCUUUGUAGACAGCAAUCCACCUUCUGAGCUAAUGCUGUACAAGGAAGGAGACUUGAUCGCCACCUCCACCUCUCCCAGUGCCCCAAAUCUAAGGCUCAGCUUGACUUCCGCAUGGAAUUCCAUCCAGCUGAAGAUACAGAAAGUGAUAUUGUCCGAUGAAGGAACAUACAGUUGCUUAGCUAAAAACACUAUUGGAAAUUCAACAUCAAGUCUUCAUUUCAUUGUAGAAACUGCCAGAGUAAUAAUAACUCCAGCUGAAGAAAUAGAAGAGGGGAAAGCGGUCACCCUUACAUGUCUGGCAACACGAAACUCUCAAACAGGACUGACCUAUACCUGGUACAAGAAUAACCAAUGGCUAAAAGAAGAUUUAGUAGAGAAAACACUUUCUAUUCCGUGUUUGUCAAGGAAUGAUGCUGGCUCUUAUCACUGCAAAGUCCAAAAUAGUGAAGGAAGUAGCAGCUCUCCUUCACGCAUGCUGCAUGUGCUAUAUCCACCUGGUGAUCUCUCACUAACAUCCCUUGUGGCAACACAAGAUGGAAUUUUGGCCAUCGUACAUUGUUCUGUGGUCAGUGAGCCUCAUUCAGAGAUUUUCAUUUAUAAAAAAGAUAUAUUAUUGGCUUCCAGCACAAUGGUUCUUCCAGAUAAAAGAUACAAUGUUUCACCAUCUACCAAUUCCUUAAAACUGGAGAUUCAGAAUGUUCUUGUUGAAGAUGAAGGAACUUACACAUGCUUUGCCAAUAACACAUAUGGCCAUGCCACUGGAUCAUUGGAGUUUACUGCUGAGACUGCCAAAAUAAUUGUCUUUCCAUCUUCAGAAGUACUUGAGGGGAUGGCUGUGAACUUAACUUGUGUUCUGAAAAGUACUUCAAAUGAAGACUCCUACUUAUACACAUGGUAUAAAAAUGGUGCUUUGUACUCCCAAGGGUCCGAGAAUUUUAUCGAAUUAUUGCAAGUUUUGAGUUCAAAUUCUGGUUCCUACUACUGCAAAGUGCAGAACAAUGAGAACAGCAAAAACUCAGCCUCUGUCAGCCUUACUGUCCUAUACGCCCCAAGACACAUCAAGCUCAAGUCCUUUCUGGAUACAGAAGAAGGCAAAGUGGCUUCAAUUCACUGCACUGUAGACAGCUACCCCCACUCUCGGAUGUAUCUCUAUUUAGGGAGUGAACUGGUGGCUUCCAAUGUGAAUCGUACAUCUUUUAAUGAACACCACAGUGUUUCUUUAUCAAACAAUGAAUUGCGUUUGGAUAUAAAGAAUGUCAAACUAGAACAUGAAGGGAAGUAUACCUGCACCUCAACAAAUAAUAUCGGGUCUGCGUCUGAGUCCGUAUAUUUUAAAGUACAAACUGCAAGAAUCCUGGUUAGCCCGUCCACUGAUAUUUUAGAAGAUGAGAAGGUGACAUUGACAUGUGACAUGGUGAAGACACCGGUUGAGGGGGUCACAUACACCUGGUAUAAGAACAGCAAAUGGCUGCAGGAAAGUGGAGAGCAACAUCUGGUGUUUGAUAGGAUCAGGAGCAGCGAUGCUGGGUACUAUUACUGCAAAGCUCAGAAUUCACAGGAAAGCAGCGUGUCUCCGUCUGUGUCUCUUCAUGUGUCCUACCCCCCUAGGGAGCCAGUCAUGUCAUCAUUUUGGGAGGCUCAGAGUGGACAGAUUGGAAUUAUCCAGUGCUCCGUUGACAGUGACCCCCCCUCCAGCCUGGCUCUGUACAGAAGAGAGUUAUUAAUUGGAUCUAGCGACAGCUACAAGCCUUCCAGUGGAAGGAUGACAAUAUUCCCUUCUUGGAAUUCAUUGAAGGUAGAGAUCAGAGAUGUCAUGUUGGAAGAUGAAGCAAUGUAUCUGUGUACUGCGAACAACUCACUUGGAGAAUCUACAUCAUCAAUAAACUUCACAGCACAAACCAUCAGAAUCCUCGUCAGUCCAUCAGCUGUGGUUCAGGAAGGACAGAGCUUGAAUCUAACAUGUGCAGUGGCCACUAGUGCCCCACGUAAAUCCAAAUACAUUUGGUAUAAAAAUGGAAAGUGGUACAGAGAGAGUACAGCCGCUGCAUUUCAGUUUGAAAAAGUAUCCAAGACUGAUGGGGGUUCAUAUUACUGCGCCGUGAAUAAUCAACAUGGAACCAAGAACUCACCAUCCGUUUCAUUAAAUAUCUUGUAUGGUCCACAAAAUGUGUACAUUAAAUCAUUUUUGGAGGCCCAGACUGGAAAUAUUGCUAAUGUCCUGUGUGAGGCUGACAGUAAUCCACCACCUGAGAUGUUUUUGUACAAAGAUAAUAAGCUUUUAGCUUCAUCUGCUGCUGGUGGUCUAACCACAGAGAGAAUGCGCUCCUACUUUUCUUCCAAUAGCCUGAGGUUAGAGAUCAUGGACAUUCAGUCAAGCGAUAGAGGAACUUACAUCUUCAAAGUCAACAACAGCCUAGGGUCAGAAGAGGUGUCCACAGUUCUCACCAUGAAUGGUGCCCGUGUUUUGAUGCAUCCAUCCGCUGAGAUGAAUGAAGGCCACUUGGUCACUUUGACAUGUGAAGUUGUGGACAGCGUGCAAACAGUGACAAGUUACACAUGGUACAAGAACAGCAGGUGGUUUCAGGAUGGAUCUGUGGGUUCUCUUGUGUUUAAUCCAGUCAGCACCAGUGACACUGGGUCUUUCUCCUGCACAGCUCGUACCACUGAGGGCUUCCUGGACUCUCCACCUACCAUCUUACGGGUGCUUUAUCCCCCACAAAACCUCUCCUUGAUCUCAUUCUUCGAGACCCAAGAAAGACGCCAGGGAGUGAUAGUGUGUACUGUAGACAGUGACCCACCUUCAUCUAUAUCACUGCUCCGAGGGGGACAGUUGAUCUCUUCCUCAACACCCCACAAUUCAAGCGACCGUAUCAAACUAUCAAUUUCUCACAACUCAUUGAAGCUGGAAAUAUAUGAGAUGACCGAGGAGAAUCAAGGACUGUAUGUGUGUCAGGCUUCUAAUUCAUUGGGCAGUACAAACAGCUCCAUACACUUCUCUGUACAAACUGCGAAAAUUGAGUUAUUUCCAUCUGCAGAACUAAAUGAAGGAGACUCAGUGACUCUCACGUGUCAUGUUCCCAGGAGCUUGCAGGAAGACGUAACGUAUACCUGGUACAAGAAUAAUAAUUGGCUGACAGAGAGAGCAGAUGCUUCCUUGGUACUUCCCAAUGUGUCUGCCUCCGAUGUGGGCUCUUACCACUGUCUAGCCAAACAUUGGAGAGGAACCAGCAGCUCCGCACUGGUCGGACUAACUGUACUAUACAGCCCCAGGGACAUUGUGACAACUUCAUUUUUGGAAAUGCAUGAGAAAGCGCAAGGUAUCAUCACGUGCAAUGUCAACAGUGUACCCCCUUCUAUCAUUAGCUUGUACAAAACGGGCAUGCUCUUGGCCAGCACAGCAUUAACACAAGCUGACCAAGGUGAGAAAUUGUGGUCCUCUUCCUCUUAUAACUAUCUGAAGCUGGAGAUACGAGAUAUUGCAGCAGAGGAUUCUGGGACCUAUAUCUGCAUUGCCAGCAAUACACUUGGGAGAGUUGCGUCAUCAAUUAUAUUUACUAUAAUAGAUGAAGAAUUAUUUGUGUACAAGAUUCUUGCCUGGGGUGCUUUAAUAUGCAUUGCUAUCAUGGUGUGUUCCGUUGCUGUUGUUCUGUGCUGGAUCAGCACUAAAAAGAAGUAUCGGCAUCAGAUGAACGAUUCUAUAGAGAUGAGCAAUAACCAGAGAAUCCCAUUUUUUUCUGAAAUCUCUUCCUGAGCAUGUGGUUUCUGCAGGACAAUUCAAGCCAAUGAUAUCUGCUGUGACCAUACAAAGUAUAGGGUUUGACCUAGAACUCAUCUAACUGUGUACUGGACUUCCACUGGACACAAUGAUUCUUUAUACUCAGAUACAGUGGUUGAAAUUGGACUUUUUAUUUCACACCUUCUUUACUUUGUGCAGUGUACGUCAAUGCUGGGAAAAUUUAUGUUGACUGUCAAAACAGAAGUCUUGUGCUUUCUGGACAUUUAGUCAACCCAAUCUACAAUUAUCCUGAAUUCACCUGUGAAAAUAUUUUUUAAAGAUUUUCAGACAGCUUUGUUGUUUAUGUUUUCAUAUUUAUUUAUUUUCUUUA